AUGGCCCGAACCAAGCAGACUGCGGGGAAAUCCACCGUGGGGGGGAAAGCCCCCCGCAAAGAGCUGGCCACCAAGGCGGCCAGGAAGAGCGCUCUGUCCGCCGGCACCGGUGGGGUGAAGAAGCUGCAUUGUUACAGGCCCGGGACCGUGGGUAUGCGGGAGAUCCGCCGUUACCAGAAGUCCACGGAGCUGCUGAUCCGGAAGCUGCCCUUCCAGAGGCUGGUGCGGGAGAUCGCGCAGGACUUCAGGACGGACUUGAGGUUCCAGAGCGCGGCCAUCGGCGCCCUGCAGGAGGCCAGCGAGGAGUACCUGGUGGGCCUGUUUGAGGACACCAACCUGUGUGCCAUCCACGCCAAGAGAGUCACCAUCAUGCCCAAAGACAUGCAGUUGGCUCGCUGGAUACGGGGUUUUGUAUUGCAUCGCUUCCCCCGCCCCAGUCUGCGACCCCCACCGCCAGCUCUGAACUUUGGGGCUGGCAAAGGUAUUGCAUCACUUCCCCCGCCCCAGUCUGCGACCCCGCUGCCAGCUCUGAACUUUGGGGCUGGCAAAGGUAUCGCAUCGCUUCCCCCGCCCCAGUUGGCGACUCUGCCGCCAGCUCUGAACUUUGGGGCUGGCAAAUGUAUCACAUCGCUUCCCCUGCCCCAGUUCACGAUCCCGCUACCAGCUCUGAACUUUGGGGCUGGCAAAGGUUGGUGCCACGCAGACGCAGUGGACAGAGGGAGUCCUGCACCUUUGGCCAAUGGCCCCCGUCUUCAGGUAUCACAUCGCUUCCCCCGCUCCAGUCCGCGACCCCACCGCCAGUUCGGAACUUUGGGGCUGGCAAAGUCUGCUACCCCGCCACCAGCUCUGAACUUUGGGGCCCUCUGGUAG